AUGGAUAAUAACAUUCAAAAUCAAGUUGUAGAACGUAUGCCGUUUAGAGGUCCAAGACUAUCACAUAAUGAAAUAUCAUUUGCAAAAGAUUAUCCAAAAACUUUAAAUUGCCAUCAUGUUGGAAGUCCAGUAGUGCAACUAGUACUAACAGAUAUUGAAGUUUUCUGUAAGAACGUGUUUUCAGAUGGUAGCGUAGACAGACGGGUUAUGGAAAUAACGUAUGUGGAAAAGAAUUUUGGGCAAAUCAAAAUGAAAUUAGGUGCCACAAAAUACACGAAAAAUAGCGAUAAAUAUAUGGCCAUUUCUCAUGUCUGGGGUGAUACUGAUGGUAUCAAUUCUGGAAAGUUUUCUGGUCGCAAUGUUAGUUCAAAGGUUAAAGCAAAAGCAUUAUCACAAAUAUUGCAGUACUCCAGAUUACCAAUCUGGAUAGACCUUAUAUCUAUUGAUACGGAUAAUCAUAUUAAAGCUAAGCAAGUGGCUACCAUGGAUUUAGUGUAUGCAAGGGCUGAAGUGGUAUUAGUAUUGUUGGAUCCGGAAGACUCAAUACGAGUGAUAAAAGCAAUGGAGGUAUGUAAGAGAUGGUAUAAAGCGGCUCAUGGAGAAGAUUCACGAGAAGAAAUUUGGGAAAUGCUUAAAAGUACGGAAGAAUUAAUCAAAGAACUAGAAACCUCAUCUAAUGGUUGGUUAAAUAGAAUAUGGACUAUGCAAGAAGGGGCAUUGGCCAAGAAUGUAGUCUUUUAUACAUACACAGAGUAUGGCGAUUGUGUACAAGUAGAUACAUUUUGGCUAAACAGGGAGCGUAUACUGGUUUCAGAAAAUAUGUUAGGAGUAACGAUUCUUCAAAAGCAAAUGUCUAAAUCUCAGGAGCAACGAAUGAUGUUGAAAGAUUUUCAAAAGUUUAUGGAUUUGGAAAAUGUGGAGAUGAUUUUUGAAGACGAAUAUUAUGAAUUUCAUGGACAUAUCACCAACAGACGUUUAGAAGUAUUAAAGUAUUUGAGUUAUCUUCCUAAGAGAAAAGCAAAAGAAGAACGUGAUCAAUUUUAUGCUAUGAUCGGUUUGUUUAAAUGGGCUGGUAUUAUUGAUAGUUACAAUGUAUCAUACGAUGUCAAAAUGGACGAAAUAAAAAUAGAGUUUAUUGAGUUGUUGGGAGGACCUAUAAUACCAGGAAUAUGGGAUGGCAAAUCUGAGAGCGGAUGUUGGCUAUCGUCAAUAAAUGAUGGCAUGGAAGCAUUCAGGCAUUCUAAAUUUGGUAUUAAGCCAGCAGGACAAAUACAAAAUAUACCAACUCUUACUAGAUCAUUUAAUAUGAGAGAAAUGGUUAUUGAAGGACUGGUAUGGAAUAAACAAAUAACAAUAGAUCCGCAAGGUCAUCUUUGUAUGGGGGAGUGCAUUGGUGGAGAUGACCGCCAUGCAUCAAUACAUGGUUUGAGUAGGAUGAUGUUUAUGAUGACGAAAGCCAUCGGAAGUACAAAACUAGCAAAUAAUUACAAUAUGCUACAAGUCGCCUGGGACCCAGUUGGUAGUUUGGGUGGAGAUAUUGCUUGGGUUACGCAACUUAACUAUUUAACUUUUGAAAAUCACGCUUUCGGAUUGAAAAAGGAAACAUUUAUUCAAAUGCAAAGGUGGUGGAAACAAGGGUUUAAAGGUACGAUCGUGAGCUUGUCUCUUGGUAAGAGCGUUCUUGGUCGUGAAUGGCAUGAUAGUAUUGUUUUCGUACAAUCGGAAAACAAGUGUAUAUGUGCUGGAAAUGGAUUAAUUCCUGGAAAUGCAUUAGUAAAAACAAUUAUUAAAUGCAAUUGA